UACUGUACCAGAGAGUCAGGGGUCACAGCGCUCGUCUGCCGAGUUUAAACAAAAGUUAAUUUUUUUUUUGAGUGCUUUGUUCCAUUCAAAUAUUUCGUCCAUUCACCUUAUCAAGCAUCUCUUAGCCUACGUAAGGUAACAUCUGCAAAACAUACAUACACUACGUAUGCUACAAACAUUUAUCUCUCUUUUACCCCAACUUGAGCUCCACUCGAUAAAGAGAAAAAAUCAACAGUGCAUCAACAAAUAAUAAUAUUACGGGUCUUCCCCAACAAGUCUGCAGCACGGAGAACGACAUCGGGAAUCAACCAGCCCUGCUCUACGCUCCAUCGACUGCAUCUUGCUUCUGUCUGGUCCAUUCAUCCAUGCUCGCUAGGUAAUAUUAUUCCGAGUCUGGGGUGAAAAGCCCCAUUCGUUCUUCUCCCCGCCCUACUGCGAGCGAUACCCUCCUCCACAUUUGUACAGUGACCCAAACCCCAUUUUCCCUUUUUUAUUUGUCCCUCCCCUCCCCUCCCCUUGCUUUAAAUAAAUGGCAGGGUAGAGCCGUCUUUCUUUUGUCAUGUGGAACCUUGCGAGACUAUGUCACCCUCCACCACCAUCAUCGCUCUUCUCCCGUUUUCUCCCUAGGCGACCACAGCCCACUGCAACUUUUACCCUAGCUGCCUACGCCAGGAUGGCUUCCUCUACUACCCUCCCCAAGCUGCCCAUCUUCGAGGCCAUCAGAAAACACGACCCGGAAUCUACCGCCGUUGUCCACUCCCUGUCCGGGAGGCCCUUUAGGUACGGAGGUCUGCUGGCCGAUGUGGCGAGGGUCCGAGAUCGGCUCUGUGAGGCUUCGGGCAAGCGUGAGCUGGAUGGGGAGCGGGUUGCUUUUCUGGUAGAAAACAGCUACGACUAUGUAGUAACUCUCCUUGCCAUAUUGGCGGCAAAGUCCAUUGCCGUACCUCUGGCACCAGCUUUCCCUCCUCCAGAGCUGCAAUAUAUAUUGGACCACAGCGAGGCCGCCCUGCUACUAUCCUCGUCCAAGUUUGCGCAAAAAGCUCAGGAUGUAUUGGCCACUGGUUUGGCCUCCAAGCCGACUCUUUUGGAGUUAUCCAAGUUCCAGGGUGACUCUGCUGCCCCCUCGGAACCAAUCACAUUGGAUGGAGGUAGCCCUGGCAAUGCUGGCAUGAUGUUGUACACUUCAGGCACCACGAAUCGACCGAAAGGUGUACUCUUGCCGCAGGAUGUAAUGACUGCGCAGGCGCGCUCACUGCUUCAAGCUUGGGAGUACUCUCCAAAGGAUCACUUGCUGCACGUGUUGCCCCUGCACCACAUCCACGGCACCAUCAAUGCCCUCUUUGCUCCCCUCAUGGCCGGCAGCACCAUCGAAUUCCUCUUCCCGUUCAACGCCGACGCCGUGUGGCGCCGCCUAGCAUCGCCCUUCAUGGCCGACCCUGAAGCCUCCACCAACGGGUCCAACGGCAGCGCUGCGCCCAAAAAAGCCCCCGUGACCUUCUUCACCGUCGUCCCGACCGUCUACUCGCGCCUGCUCGCAACCCACAAGUCCCUACCGGCCGACGUGCUGACCGCGGCGCGCGAGGCCGUCUCGCCAAAGAACAUGCGCCUCAGCAUCUCCGGCUCGGCCGCCCUCCCCACCCCGGUGAAGCGGGCAUGGAAGGAACUCUCGGGUGGCACCGUGCUGCUGGAGCGCUACGGCAUGACCGAGGUGGGCAUGGCGCUGUCAUGCGGCCUGGCAGACGCCGACCGAGUUGACGGCAGCGUCGGCUGGCCGCUACCCUCGGUCGAGGCCCGGCUCGUCGACGUCGAUUCCGGAGAAGUCAUCAAGCCCGGCGAGGAGGUUGACGCCGAGGGCCGCGAGCGCGCCGGCGAGAUCCAGCUCAGGGGCCCCACCAUCUUUGCCGAGUACUGGCGCAACCCCGAGGCGACCGCCAAGGAGUUCGUCGAGGACGACACUGCCACCGCCAACGGCAACGGCCAUGCGGCAAACGGCCACGGGCGUACGGCGUGGUUCAAGACGGGCGACGUGGCCGUGCGCCGACCCGUUCCCGCCGCGGGGCAGAACCCUGCCCCGGGCCAAGAGUGGACGCACCAGGGGCCCAUGUACUUCAUCCUGGGCCGCAAGAGCGCCGACAUCAUCAAGUCGGGCGGCGAGAAGGUGUCGGCGCUCGAGGUGGAGCGCGAGCUGCUGUCGCUGGACCAGGUGGCCGAGGCGGCCGUGUGCGCCGUGCCGUCGGGCAAGUGGGGGCAAAAGGUCGGCUGCGUCAUCGUGCUGGAUAAGGAGCACUGCGCCGACGGCAAGUGGUCGCCCAUGGACAUGCGCCGCGCCCUCAAGGGACGCCUCGUCAACUACAAGAUCCCCCAGGUCAUGCGCGUCGUCGAGCACAUUCCCCGGAACGCCAUGGGCAAGAUCAACAAGAAGCAGCUGGUCGCCGCCGUCUUUCAAGAGGACUUUAGCGGUGACGAGAUGUAAAGACUGGUGGCUGGCUUUCUGUCAUUCUAUCUGUCGAUCUAUGGAUUGGGCUCAUCCGCUUGUGAUUCUUGCUUUUUGAUACCCCUUGGAGGAUCUUUGCAGUCAUUUUGUCUUUGGUCUGCACUUCUUACAUCUCCUGGGGAAACAGGAAACCCCCCUCAAAACAAUCUCUUCUCCCAUUUAGACAUGCCUCUUUCAAUGUCCCACGGAAUUCUUGUAACUAUUAGACCCACUAAUAUAGUAUAGACAAUCAUUAGAGCAGUGGCAAAGCCAUGACACAAUUAGGUCAUUUCAAAACAUGGCAAGGCUGCGAUCAUCGUUUCACGUCUUGUUUUUUUUUUUUUUUUGCCUUAGUCUUCUAAAAACUUUUCUUUUGUUUUCCGAACGCCAUAGCAUCACCGCGCCGGGAUUACGUCAGUUGCUGGGAAAAAACCGUCAGCCA